AUGUCUUUAGUCAAUUUGGGAAAUAUUGCUGCUCAUUUACAAAACGUCACCAGAGUUCAUCUAGCCACAACAUCGAUUCCAUUCUCAAGAUUACACUUGGAAGUGGCUGCACAUUUAUACAAGCAAGGUUUCAUAAGUUCUGUUCAAAGAGGAUCUUUACAAGGUCCAGAUAAAGUUCCAACUGAAGUCACACCAGAUAACAUUGCUACAAGAAGAUUGUGGCUAGGGUUGAAAUACAGAGGAACUGAUUCUGUGAUUAGAAAGUUUUCAUUAGUUUCCAAACCAAGUUGUAGAAUCCAUUUGAAUAAAGAUGAAUUGAAGUUAUUAGCUGCUGGAAGAAAAGUUAGAUUGAUUAAACCAUUACAGCCAAGUGAGUUGAUGCUUAUUAAAGAUAACAAAACUAAAAAAGUGCUGGAUUUGGCCGAAGCUGUGAAUAAAGGUGUUGAAGGUGAAGUCUUAUGUCGUAUUAGAUAA